AAAGAGAAGUUUCAAGAAAUGUGACUAGAAUGUAAACAAAUCAGCGGCUCCCGCUAACAUUAGCCAGUUUCAUAGAAUCAGCGUUAAGAUUGCACACAGUUAUGGCCAACUUUUGUUUGCUCGGACUGUGAUGGGAUUACUAGUCUGAUACUUCACUUGGCGUCCUCUAUUCUCGGUAUUUUUGCCUGCAUGAUCCAGACUCUGCUACCAUGACCAAAGACAUAGUUGUUGGAGAUGAGCUGCCAGACUGGGUGGGGGCCAAGGAGUUCUACCAGAAGUAUGAUCCUAAGGAGGUGAUUGGCAGGGGUGUGAGCAGCGUGGUGCGCAGGUGUGUGCACAGACAAACCGGACAGGAGCUGGCUGUGAAGAUUAUAGAGAUUACAGCAGAGAAGAUGACAGCCCAGCAGCUGGAGGAGGUGAAAACCUCCACACUGAAGGAGAUCCAGGUUCUCAACAUGGUGAAGGGACACUCCUCUAUCAUCACUCUCAUUGAUUCCUAUGAGUCGACAACCUUCAUCUUUUUGGUGUUUGACCUCAUGAGGAGAGGGGAGCUGUUUGACUACCUCACAGAAAAGGUCACUCUGAGUGAAAAGGAAACCAGGAGCAUGAUGCGAGCUCUGCUGGAGGCUGUCCAGUACCUCCACUCCUUCAAUAUCGUCCACCGGGACCUGAAGCCUGAGAACAUCCUGCUGGACGACCAGGGCCAUAUCAAGCUCUCUGACUUUGGGUUCUCUGUGCAGCUGCAGCCCGGAGAGAAUCUCAGAGAGCUCUGUGGGACGCCUGGUUACCUGGCUCCUGAAAUCCUGAAGUGCUCCAUGGAUGAGAUGCACCCAGGCUAUGGGAAAGAGGUGGAUCUCUGGGCAUGUGGAGUGAUUCUUUUCACCUUACUGGCUGGCUCACCGCCAUUCUGGCAUCGCAAACAGAUGCUGAUGCUUAGGAUGAUCAUGGAGGGUCGCUAUCAGUUCAGCUCCCCAGAGUGGGAUGACAGGUCUGACACUGUCAAAGACCUGAUAUCCCGGUUGCUGGUGGUGGACCCGGCUCUGCGUCUGACUGCUGAACAGGCCUUAGCCCAUCCCUUCUUCAGACUGUACCAGAGGGAUGUGCGGCUUUUCAGUCCACGAAGGACGUUUAGGGUCUUGAUAGUGAGCGUGCUGGCCUGCAUCAGGAUGUACAGUCGUUACCGCAGGGCCCGGCCUCUGACCCGGGAGGUCCUGGCGAGAGACCCUUACUCCAUCCGCGGGGUCCGCAAACUCAUCGACGGCUGUGCCUUCCGCAUCUACGGACACUGGGUGAAGAAAGGCGAGCAGCAGAACCGGGCCGCGCUCUUCCAGAACACAGCUAAGAUCAUGCUGCUGGGCCUGGAGGACUUUGAAAUUUAAAGGUCAACCUUAUCUCUAACUGCUUUGGUUUUUAUGUCACUGAAUAGUGUUACCACUUGCAUGUGCUGUUGUUUCCCUGUCAGUGUACGUCUGGUCAAGUCAUUCUGUUUACUGCAGAUAAUGUACAAGAUGAGGAAUUCAGGGACUGGGGCGUUUGUAUGCCUUAAUGUGCACCGUGGCCCUGUUAUUUAUUCUAAAUAAUAGCUAAGGGUGCAUGAUUUCAUAUUCCAUAUCUAUUUUUUGAUCUGACUUGGUGGGUCAAAGACGUGGCUAUUUGAAACUCUUCAAGUCAGGUCGUAACGGCUGUAGAAAACAAUAUUUGCAAUGCCACUUUAAUGCAGUACAGAACACAUUGCACAAUCUGUUUAUACAACACAUAAAGCUGUCUUAUGUGUGAUCAAGUUUUUUUUUUUUUUUUUUAAGCUCUUGACCAUCCGUUGUAACUGAGGAGAGUGUGGAUUUCUAAGCAUGGUGUGGCUGAAAAUGUUAAUGCACUGUAAUUAAUUAUUUAACAGAUAAUUAUAGGUGCUAGGCCCAGUUUUCAGGAACAUAGGCCGCAUUUAACAUAAAGUGUUGCUGAUGAAUAUCAAUGGACUCAAUCAAGAAUGUAACAAUAUUUCUGAAACCUUCAAGUACAGUGUUGGAAUGCCUUUGUCA